AACUGAUUUUUCUAGUUGCAGGAUUCUCGACACCUUUCCCCACCCGCGGUUUUCAGUCUAGCUCGGUAUUUUCCCUGUGGCAUUUCUAAGGAUUUAAAAAAGAUAAAUUGAGAUUAGAUUUCUUUUUCCCCCACACUGAAGAACUAAAUAUUGAAUUAAUACUAAGUACGAAGGAGAGUGAUUUGGGCGAGAAGGGGGUGGUCUACACGGACACUUGCUCCUCUCCCUGAGUGCAGUGCUGGGCUAACACAGCCUCUCUCUGUCUGUUGCAGACAAUUGUACAUGAAUCGGAGACCAGACCAAAAGUACUUCUGAAUUAAGAUCUGCUUCUCUGAGGUGGCGUUGCAGAGCACUCCGGUCAGAAGAUGAGUGAGCUUGACCAGCUGCGGCAGGAGGCCGAGCAGCUGAAAAACCAGAUCCGAGAUGCCAGGAAAGCAUGUGCAGAUGCAACACUCUCUCAGAUCACAAACAACGUGGACCCUGUGGGAAGGAUCCAGAUGCGCACCAGGAGAACGCUGCGGGGGCACCUGGCCAAAAUCUACGCUAUGCACUGGGGCACAGAUUCCAGGCUUCUCGUGAGUGCCUCUCAGGAUGGUAAACUCAUCAUCUGGGACAGCUACACCACAAACAAGGUCCACGCUAUUCCUCUGCGCUCCUCGUGGGUCAUGACCUGUGCGUAUGCCCCUUCUGGGAACUACGUGGCCUGUGGUGGCCUGGAUAACAUUUGCUCCAUUUACAACCUGAAGACUCGCGAAGGAAAUGUGCGUGUGAGUCGUGAACUAGCCGGACACACAGGUUACCUGUCCUGCUGCCGCUUCCUGGACGACAAUCAGAUUGUUACCAGCUCUGGAGACACCACCUGUGCUCUGUGGGACAUUGAGACGGGUCAGCAGACGACCACGUUCACGGGACACACCGGGGACGUCAUGAGCCUCUCUCUCGCUCCUGACACCAGGCUGUUUGUGUCCGGUGCUUGUGAUGCUUCCGCUAAACUCUGGGAUGUGCGAGAAGGGAUGUGCCGGCAAACCUUCACCGGCCACGAGUCUGACAUCAAUGCCAUCUGUUUCUUUCCAAAUGGCAACGCAUUUGCCACUGGCUCGGAUGACGCCACCUGCAGGCUGUUCGACCUUCGUGCGGAUCAGGAGCUCAUGAUUUACUCCCACGACAACAUCAUAUGUGGGAUCACCUCCGUCUCCUUCUCCAAGAGUGGGCGCCUCCUCCUCGCGGGGUACGAUGACUUCAACUGCAACGUCUGGGAUGCGCUCAAAGCCGACAGGGCAGGUGUCUUGGCCGGGCAUGACAACCGCGUCAGCUGCCUGGGGGUGACUGACGAUGGGAUGGCCGUGGCGACAGGGUCCUGGGAUAGCUUCCUCAAGAUCUGGAACUAACACCGACAGCAGGUGGACGCCACAGUGACUGGAAGACCAUUCCACCCUGAAGCGUUACAGUGAUAGCAUUUCCAAUCCACCCCUACUAACGUGGGCGCCCUCCCCCCUCUGAACUUCAAAAGGGCAAGAUCUUUUCCUUCACUUACUGCUGAAACCAAGAGCACAAUCCCACGAAGAGAAGAAUCUGCUGUAAACUCGACAAGCCGUGCAUUCCUCCCGGGACCAUUGUCUUCGUUUGCUUUUCUGUCUGAAUGAGGUUAAAAGGAAAUACUGUAAUAAAAAUGUUAGCCAGGAAGUAAGCCAGUGUAUCGUGAGGCAGACACACCUGGUCACUCUUAGAUCUGAACCUGAGUGACCCUAUCUGAUGCUCGUGCAGAGCAAGUCAAGGACUCGAUCUUGUCCUAGGCUCCAAACUCCAGGUCGUGUUUGUAACAGGAUUUGAAACGUUCAGAUUUCCUUUUUAAAUAUCUUUAUGUUCAGUAGUAAACAGAGAGAGGUCUAGUGCGGUCUCUCUGAAAUUGUUGAUGAUGUAAAUUUAGUCCCUGUUUUUUUAAUUUUUUUGUCUAGUGUCAUGUAAUUGUUGUGCACAGACAUGGCACAGAGGGAAAGAACAGAACCGAGCGUGGUGACCAGCAGAGUCCAAUCAGGCAUCUUCUUCCUCCCAUCCUCUGCCCCCUCAGUUCAGUUUUUACCACCUUGGGUUUCCUUGUGAAGCUGGGGGACGUUUAUAAUAAUAGCCUAACACUAGCCCGUGCACCCCAGCCGUCAUGACCUCUGCUUUCAGGAGAGGUGCCCGUCCUGUGCUUCGAUAGUCAACUAUUUGUGUAUGAAACAAUGUAAAAAUCAAUGUUUUGAAAAUAAUGAUCUCAAACUUUCUAAGUUAAAUUUUAAAAAAUCUGAUCGUUUGCCAUAUUGGGUGGGUUAACUCUUAGACUCGCAUGCUGUAGAAAUGCUCAAAUGUGCACAUAGGACUCAGUCCUUAGAUGUUCUUUUUCUUUUGAGAAAUAACCUCUUUAAAUUGUAACCAUUACGGCUCUGCCCACUAUCGUCGCUACUCUGCACGCACGGGAAGCAGUACAGUGCGCAGCUCGACACGCUUGAGUGCAGGACAAGCCACUGUUUUCUUUAUUUCUUUAUAAAAAACAACAAAAAACAAGUCCUGUUCCAAAUGAUUGCUGUUGGAUUCUGGGGGGUCUGGGGCAGGGGCGGGAGGCAGCAAAUGGACACCCCAACCUUCCUCUGUAAACUCCUCGCGGCCCAUCUCCCAUGGAACCAGCCUUCUGCAUCUGAGGGAGAUGGUUUUUCUAACACAGACUUCCCUGGUGGCCUGCAGCAGGUGGCCCGCAGCAGCCUCUGCACGAGUGCCGUGGCCCCGCCCCGAGCACUCCCUGGCAAUGGAGGCUUCUCCCCCUGUUUGUCUGACUCCUGUACAAAGGCACGGUGGGCCUGGGCCUGGCGAGGAGCCGAGGGGACCCCUCCUAUCCACCCGUAGAGCCCGUCUGCACCUGCCCCCCCUUUUGUAUUUAAUUUUCAGUCAGUGUACUGCAAGGAAGCUGGACGCGAGGUAGACCCUGUAUUAAACUGUACUGUUAUUUAAGAUGUAAUAAAGCAGUUUGACAUGAGGGA